AUGUUUUAUUUGCCCAAAUCCCAUGCACAUAUUUCCACGUGUACAUUUCAACCGUCUGAGGAAAAAAUUAAGAUUGGUGAGACAUGUUCGAGCUCAAGCGGCAAUUGCGACGCCGGCUUAAGCUGCGCCACUUGCCCUGCAAACGGCAACACCCGGCCACGGUGCACUAGCCUUCAGCCGAUAAUUCCCACCACGAAGGUAAAGGGCCUGCCUUUUAAUAAGUAUUCAUGGCUAACGACCCACAACUCGUUUGCCCGGACAGGGUCGAAACCGGGUGCUGGCUCCUAUCUUCUUGCUCCGACCAAUCAGGAGGACUCUGUUACUGAUCAGCUCAAAAAUGGCGUUCGAGGUCUAAUGCUCGACAUGUACGACUUCAACAACGACAUCUGGUUGUGCCACUCGUUUAACGGCAAGUGUCUCAAUGUAACCGCAUUUCAACCUGCAAUAAACGUGUUGAAAGAAAUUGAAGCUUUUCUCCGUAGAAACCCGACUGAGAUCGUCACCAUUUUUAUUGAGGAUUAUGUAUCAUCUCAAAAUGGCUUGACAAAAGUGUUCGACGCAUCCAAGCUCAGUCAGUAUUUGUUUCCACUUUCUGAGAUGCCCAAAAACGGUGGAGAUUGGCCCACUGUGGAUAGUAUGGUCGAGAAGAAUCAUCGGUUGGUCGUUUUCACCUCGAAAAAGUCAAAGGAGGUGUCCGAGAAGAUCGCUUAUGAAUGGAAUUACGUGGUGGAAAAUCAGUAUGGAGAUGAGGGGAUGACUGGUUCCUGCCCGAGCCGUUCAGAAUCUCCACCAAUGAACACACCUUCGAGAUCUUUGGUCCUUAUGAAUUAUUUUCCGACGAAUCCUAAUGCAUCACAAGCUUGUGCUGACAACUCUGCUGACCUGCUUAAAAUGUUGAAAACCUGCUUCGAAGCAGAUGGAAAACGCUGGCCGAAUUUCAUUGCAGUUGAUUUCUAUAAAAGGAGUGAUGGAGGAGGAGCCCCGCAAGCCGUUGAUGAGGCAAAUGGGCAUUUAACCUGCGGCUGUCAUCACCAUCCCGCAAGACACACACACAAAACAUAUUCUCCUGAGUUACACAUGCGGCCACACCGUUCUCCGCCGCCGAUCGCCGCCGCCUGCAACUCAAUACCGCUGCCCACGUCCGCAGAAGCUCCCUGA